GGUAUUUGCUUUCAUAUUUUGUAUGAGGUUUAUUGUUUCCUAAAGCUUGUGAAAGUUUGUGUGUUCUGCUAAUCUGUGGAACUCAUGAAUUUACAUGUACCUGCAGCAUUUCUCUAAUUGCAUGUUUAUUUUCUUGUAUGUUUGGCUUAUCUCACACUGUGAUGUGUUGCAUGUGCUUGCUUCCUUUGUCUGGGGCUGGUGUCUGUAUUAUUUUGUGCUUCCAGAUAGCGGUGGGUGUGCUCGCAAACGUGCUGCAAUGUCUGUCACAUUAACAGCUGUGAAGAGGGUUCAGAGUUCUCCAAACCUACUGGCUUCAGGAUCUGAUUCUCAGUCUCCAGAUUCAGCUUGGAGAGCUUACAAUGAUGGAAGCAGAGAGACACUGAAUGGAGACAUUAGCAGUUCAUCUCUUACAGCAAAAGGUUUUAGAAGUGUGCGGCCAAACCUACAGGACAAAAAAUCACCAACUCAGGCUCAGAUCACAGUGAAUGGGAACUCUGGCACUGCUGCCAGCCCAGUGAGUCACUUUCAAAGGCCUUUUUCCCCUUCUUCUGCUUACUCUCCACCAGCUUCUCUCAAUUCCAACCUUGUUAUCAUGCAGCAUGGCAGGAUGAUGGAGUCCACAGAGACAUACUCACAACAUGUUGGCAGCAGCACCACCACCAGUACAAUACCAAUCUGUAAAUCCUUAGAGGAAGAAAAAAAAAUUACAGUCAUUAAAGCUCCACAUUAUGCAGGGAUUGGCCCAGUAGAUGAAUCUGGAAUCCCUACAGCAAUUAGAACGACAGUUGACAGGCCAAAGGAUUGGUACAAGACAAUGUUCAAGCAAAUCCAUAUGGUACAUAAGCCUGAUGACGACACAGACAUGUAUAAUACUGCAUAUUCAUACAGUACUGGUAGCUGCAGUCCAUCCUUCUCUGCUCAGGCACACCCAGCUGCAAAGACACAGACAUACAGACCGUUGUCUAAAAGCGCUUCUGACAGCAGCUCUGAUGCCUUUAAGGUCUCAUCUCCUUUACCACCCCCACAUGUGCCACCCCCAGUACCACCACAUCGUCUGCGGGAAAGGUCUAUACCAGAAAAAAAUGACUGGGAUCCCCCUGACAGAAAAGUAGAUACCCGCAAGUUCCGCUCAGAACCAAGAAGCAUUUUUGAGUAUGAGCCAGGAAAGUCAUCAAUCCUUGAACACGAAAGGCCGACUUCCUUAUAUCAUCACUCUUCAACAGACAGAGGCCUGGACAGGCCUUCCAGUUCCGCAAGUACUGCGAGUGACUACAGGAAAAGGAGGAAGUCAGAACCUGCUGUAAGUCAUCAGAGAGCACACAGCGAUCAGAAUGCAAACAGGCCCAGCCUGGGCCGUACAGAUAUGCAAGGCCCAUACACCACCCUUAGAAAGCCUUUAACUAGCUCGUCUCCUUCUUCUCCAUCACGAGCAAAAGGUGGGGAUAUUAGCAAAGUAUAUCCAUCCCUCCUCAGUUAUUCAGUGCACAACCACAACACCUCAAAUGAAUUAGAUUACUGUAGCACUUACAGACAGCAUUUAGCUGUUCCUAAUGAUUCAAGGAGGGCAAUCAGCUACAAGAAUGGCUGGCAAAUGACUCGACAAAAUGCAGAAGUAUGGAGCAGCACAGAAGAAACAACUUCUCCAAAGAGAAAAUCUCGUAGCUGUGAUGAUCUUUUAACAGAUGAUCGGGAUAGCUUUCCCGAUGCACAGGCCAAGUCUGAAAGCAUGGGCUCUCUUCUAUGUGAAGAAGAUGCUAAAGAGGUUUGCUCAAUGAACUGGGCAUCCCCAUAUGCACCUGAGGGCCGUGGUGGUGGUAGGGCAAGAGUUCGUCACAGAUCUGCACACGAUGCCCCAGGUUUCCUUAAAAUGUACAAAAAGAUGCAUCGUAUCAAUCGCAAGGAUUUGAUGAACUCUGAGGUGAUCUGUUCUGUGAAGUCCAGAAUACUGCAGUAUGAAAAAGAACAGCAUAAAGGUAUUCUUCAGGGAUGGAGAGAGUCUUCUACUGAAGAGGUGCCCAGAGACAUGGUGCCAACCAGAAUAUCGGAAUUUGAAAAACUAAUUCAGAAGUCAAAAUCAAUGCCAAAUCUAGGUGAUGAAAUGUUGUCAAACAUUACACUAGAGCCUCCUAAAAAUGGUUUAUGUUCACAGCGGCGAUUUUCUAUCGAGUCCCUGCUGGAGGAAGAAAAUGAAGUCAGACAUCCCUCUCAGGUACAACGGAGCUACAAGUCUAAAACCCUGGUGCCAAUUCAUAUUGAAGUGACCAGUGAUGAGCCACAACGGUCACAUAUGGAUUUCUCAGACAGUGAUCAAGAUGGAGUGGUUUCUGACCUCAGUGACUUUAUCCAGAUAGAGGGGUCAUCUUUUUGUAGUGAAAGUGACUUUGAUCACUAUUCCUUCACAUCAUCUGAAAGCUUUUACGGAUCGGGCCAUCACCACCACCACCAUCACCACCAUCACAGGCAUCUCAUCAGCUCCUGCAAAGGGAGAUGCCCAGCAUCCUACACUCGCUUCACCACCAUGUUGAAACAUGAAAGGGCUAAACAAGAACCUGCUGAAGAUCCAAGGAGACAGGAGGCAGAAUCUGGCCUCUCCAAGAUAGCAUUCCUAGUCAGCCCAGUGCCUUUCCGAAGGAAAAAAAGUGCAGCCCCUAAAAAACAAACUGAAAAGACAAAACGCAAGUCAUCUGUAUUUGAAGCACUAGAUUCUGCACUUAAGGACAUCUGUGACCAAAUAAAAGCUGAAAAAAGAAGGGGAAGCUUGCCUGACAACAGUAUAUUACACAGACUUAUUACUGAGCUGCUUCCAGACAUUCCAGAAAGGAAUUCAUCUCUUACAGCUCUGAAAAAGAGUCCCAUGCACCAGCCUUUUCAUCCACUGCCUCAAGAUGGUGCUACUCAUUGCCCACUUUACCAGAAUGAUUGUGGAAGAUUACCUCUUAGUGCCUCUCUUCAAGACAUGGACACAACUAACAACAAUAAUCAAGAAAAUGAUAGUGCACUGUGUUUCCAAGACCAGGAAACUCCUGGAAACUAUUCUGCUUUCACCGAUGUGGGACGAUGUACUCCAAGGGACAGAAGAGGAGCUACAGAUAAAGAGAAACUGCCAGCUAGAGCUGUAUAUGACUUUAAAGCUCAAACUUCUAAAGAGCUGUCCUUUAAGAAAGGAGAUACUGUCUAUAUCCUCAGGAAAAUUGAUCAAAACUGGUAUGAAGGUGAGCACCAUGGAAGAGUUGGAAUAUUCCCAAUUUCUUAUGUUGAGAAGCUUUCUCCUCCAGAAAAAGCACAGCCUGCCAGGCCGCCUCCUCCUGCACAGAUUGGAGAGAUUGGAGAAGCUAUUGCCAAAUAUAAUUUCAGUGCAGACACAAAUGUGGAGUUAUCACUUAGAAAGGGAGACAGAGUCGUACUUCUUAAGCGAGUUGAUCAAAACUGGUAUGAAGGUAAAAUACCAGGAACCAACAGACAAGGCAUCUUCCCUGUUUCCUAUGUAGAAGUUAUCAAAAAGAAUGCAUCAAAAAGUGCUGAUGACUACCCUGAUCCUCCUAUACCCCAAAGCUAUUCUAGUGACAGAAUACACAAUUUAAGUUCAACUAAGCCACAGCGCCCAGUGCUUGCUCAUGAAAACAUACACAGUGGGGGGGAACUGUUUCAGGCUCUAUAUAACUAUACUCCUAGGAACGAAGAUGAAUUGGAGCUCAGAGAGGGAGAUGUCAUUGAUGUGAUGGAAAAAUGUGAUGAUGGAUGGUUUGUGGGAACUUCAAGAAGAACCAAAUUCUUUGGUACUUUCCCUGGAAACUAUGUCAAGAGGCUGUGAAUUUUUUUCAUUCUUAUUUAUGCUGCAUCUCUGCAACAUAUCUGCAUAAAGCUGCUAGAAAACAUGCUACGCUGGCCUUCUGUUUUCUUGCUUGCAGUCUCAAAUAGAGGCCAUCCAGUUCAUCCUCACCCCAUCCCAUCUGCCAAACUGUUCCAGCAGUAUUACAGCAACGACUACCGUGUGAAUAACUUUUCUGAAACAAGAGGAAUCCUCCCUACGUAUAAGUACUCCCUGCUUUUAACUCUUUUUAUUUGAAACACAAUAGGAAAAGCCUGAUGAGAGGUACCCAGAAGAAUUGCUACGUUGGGGGGGAGAGGAGUGUAUGAGGAGAGGGAGAAAGCCUUCCUUUGUGGUACUAUCAUGAAGUGUGAUGGGAAAAUAAAAUUUUUCAGCAUGCAUGUACAACAGAGGGAAAGUUGCUGCUUACUAUUUAAGAAGAAAAAAAAGCAGAAAAGGUGUUUUGAGUUUUCACAUUCUUAUUAGCUUGGCAGCAUUUGUUGCUUUCACUUUGCUGUAUCACAGGUUUGCCUAUUGUACUGGUUUACAAUGACAAAUUAUAAUAUAGGUUUUUUGCCUGCACUUGUAUGUUGUAACUUAUACACAGUGACUGUAAAAUCUCAAGCAAGUGUAGUGAAAAAUGGAAGAACUGCAAGUGUUCUGAUGGUGCAAUGGUAUUUGCUAAACCCUUUUUCCCCCUAUUAAAACGACAGCGUUUUCUCUUCAAAGGUAAGAAGUGCAAGAAGUAUAAAACCUUGGGAAACAGGAUUUAAAGAAGAGACAGACAGUGAUAUAAGCCUAGACAAUAACAACCUGCUGAUCAUAUGACAUUAAAUGGUUGUAAUCAAAAUGUUGUAAUAGUCAGCAUCAGGAAAUCUGAGAGGUUAGUGUUUUCAUGUACCACAGGCAUUUUAAGCAGCAGCAAGUAAACAGUGUUAGUGCAAAGGAUUGUUUUUCCUCUAACAUAGCCACCUGAAAAACAUUCACAAAUAUCAUGUACUGAUUUAUUUCACUAUACACACACACGUAUAUACAUGUAUGUUAACAAAAGCUGAGUUACACAUUGUUUUUUAGGAAUUUAGUACAUUUUAAAAAAAAUCACAAGUAUUAAAAUCAAUAUGUUUUAGAGGGUUUGGGUUGUUGUUUUUUUUUUUUUUCCUGAAUGAAUCAAGUAUUUGAAAACAGACAUUCUCCAUAUGCAACUGUAAGCAUAAAUAGCAUAUGAAAUUAAGGCACAGGAUGAUAAUGACUACAACUUCAUGAAAAAAAAAAAAAAGAAUUUUUUUUCCAAGUCAGAUUUGUUUUCUUUGGCACCUUAUAGAUGGCAAAAGCUUCUACUGCAUUUCUCAUGGGUAAAGGACUGAAAUUAUCAACAUGUAUUUAGUCUCUGUAGCAUUUUGUACAUAUGUUUGCUUUUUUGUACAGAGCCAUUUGGUUGUUGAUUUUAAAAAAAAAAUUAAGUUCCUUAUUUGAUCUUCACCCUCUUUACAUACAGAACAUUUCAAUGCAUUUUGCUUUACUUGCUCUAUUUACCAUAAGCACAUCUGAAUAGUGCAAUUCUGUAAGAUAGCAUUUUAUGCAAAAUUUUAUUAAUUAAAAUAUGGUUUACCAGCCAAAUCUAAAUGUACAUAUGUCUUUAUUACUGAGAAAUGUCAUUAAGACAAAGGUAAAGAAACAUCUUUGUGCAGCAUACCUUUAUUAUUGCAGAUUUAAUGGUAAAAGCUUUAUAUUUCAAAGGCUUUCAAUUUUAAACUAGAUCUGCAUGCAGCUUUGCUGUGAGAUUAAUUCCUAUCUUUGAUGCCAUUUAUGAUUGAAGACUUAAAUAUCUGUUGCCUGUGAUAUUUAAAAAGUACUGUUUCUACUCUGUAUCUGAUUUUAGAAAAAUACAGGUUUUUCGUACCUGGCUUUCAGGUAAUUGACUUUGAAUUCCUACAAGCAAAAGGUCUCUGUGUUUUUUUUCUUGAAUAGACUUCUAAUAAAUUUUGCUUGGAGUACACAAGUGUUUUCUCCGUCAUUUCUCAAAUACAUGUAACAGACUACUCAAGUGCUACAAAACUCCUUAAGCUUUUACAUACAAGUACAAUCAGUGUUGUCUUUACAGAGACUUUCUUCUACCACUGAGCAUACACAGGUUGCAAUACGGACAACCAGUAUUGUCAACACAGUUGUCACUUCAUCCACUUCAGUGUCAUCCCUAAAACUCCUGAAUCCAAAAGCAAUUCCCUGGGCUUUUUGCACUGACAGUACUAAUGCAAGGUAAUUUUUCUGUUACCAGAGCUGGCCUUUGCUCCUGAAGCACCGAGAUAAAGUACAUUACUGAAGCCCUUUGUAUCUCACAGAAGUUCCACACCCUAAUUCUUUCCUUAAGCAAAAGGAAAACAAGAGAAACAAGCUAGAAAUAAGACUUACAAAAAAUACAGGCUUGGGAGAGAGCAUCUUAUGCUUGGGGCUCUGUCUGAAGCACUGAGUUACCCCUGUUAAUGUCUCUGCCUGGCAAAGAGCAGCUUGCUGUUCAAACAAAACCCAAGCCCACAGGAAGCAGAGCAUACAGGCAGCGGCCUUCUUUCCCUGUGUGGUUACUCCUGGUGCCUCCAGGCUCCCUGGUCCUGCUCCUCCAGCUCUCGUUGGCCUCCACUGCCAGUAUGACACCUUCCAGACGUGCUGUGCUGCACUCUUACUGCUGAAGAGUGAGGCAUUCUGGCGCAAAUAAUCUAUUUCUGACUUGCACAGCUUUGUCUUUACAAUAGCUGGGCUGUUAGAAUGCCAGCAAAUGAGCUCCUUUGUCAGCAUAAACAGAUUCUGCUGGGAGUGAUUUCAAUUUGGACAAGACCUAAUUUAGCCAGCAGUGCCGUCUCUUAGGUAAACAUGCCCUCACAGCACUAAGUUAGCUUAAACCCACCACACGUCUCUUGCUCUAUAAACUAAUGGCUGAGUAUACAAGCACAUGCUGUAUGGUUUGCCCUUCUGUCUGCUGGCUCGGUGAUUCUGUGCAUCUGAAUUCUCUUUUCUAAUUGCAAGAAGGAAUAAAAAAAGUGUAAGGAUAGAUCAUAAUAAGAAUUGCAAGUCACUGACACCAAGAAAAACUUUAGAGUCUGUGGUUUAGUCAAAAUGUGUUGCAAGGUGACCAGAAAUGUAAAAUUAAAGGACAACACGGAGGUACAAGUUCUGUCCAGGUAAACAAAAUAUACUGAAAUAGGCAAGGUCCGUUGAAAUUCCUCCUAUGCUAUUUAUGUAACAGUCCAAAGGACUUUUUGAGCUUUUCUGUAAAAUUCUUAUAUACUCCCCUAUAAAUUCAUGGAGGGCAAUGCAUAGGACUGGAAGGUGCUAUAUCUUUAACCAGAACUAGAGAUAAAUUGAGGAGACCUGUCGAAUUUGGUGUCAGUUGGUUUAACUGACUGUUUUGUUUUUGUUUUAUUUUUUAACUUAAUCUAGGUUUUUUUU